AUGCAGUCAUUGAGUGCGGCGAAGUCCCAAGGCCCCGCGUCAUUCCUUGUGGAAGUAGACGGAUUGGAACGAAGCGUCAUUCUAGGCCUUAACAUCGAAGCAGAUGUCGAUACUUUUGUCGAGGGCAUUGUGCAAGUGCGAUACUUGUAUAGUUGGUGUCCAACACCAGGCGCAGGCACUACUAAUAGUGUGGAUAACGGG